AUGUCGACGCCGACCGUCACAUCCGCCGAUGAUGCGGGGUGGAGAUUCGCACAGUGCUUCGGUGACAAGGUCAGUUGGGUCGUGGUGGUGGCCCCUUCCGAUUCUAGGGCCCAGGGGCUCUUCUUCCAAGCCAUGCGACUGACUUGGUCCGGAUCUCUCUCGCAAUAGGGUGAAGUUGAGGAUAUCACCGAGGCUGAUAUCAUUUGUAAGUCCGGCAACGGGAAGGGGUCGCAGGUAGCCAGCGCAGGCAGACGGCCGUAUCGGUCAGCGUCAUCGGUCCGGAUCCAAAGGCCCUGCGUCCGGUCACCCUCGUCUCCAGGGGUAGCUCACAAGCCAUUGCGGAGAACUGACUUCAAAUUUGCUUCUCGGCCCGAACGAUUCCCACAAACCAUCACAGCCACGGUCGAGUUCGAUCACACGGGUGACUAUCUCGCAACGGGGGACAAGGGCGGCCGCGUUUGUGCUCUUUGAACGCAACGAGACCAAGAAGGGGUGCGAGUACAAGUUCUACACCGAGUUCCAGUCGCACGAACCGAGUUCGACUACCUCAAGUCGCUCGAGAUCGAGGAGAAGAUCAACAAGAUCCGAUGGUGCAAGAGGCAGAAUGCCGCCCACUUCCUGCUCUCGACCAAUGGCAAGUUGCAAGCAACCACUACCCCUUUCCUUCCGCAUGAUUCGGGACUCGUUUUCUUCUGGUCGGGGUGAUGUGGCGUUGGGAGUACUGCGACGCAUGCAUCUUGCUCGCAUCGUUUUCUCGGACCGGUACACUCGCGCCCCGUUGCCCACCCGCGCCCUUCCCGCGCCUGUGCGCCAGCCAACCCAGCCAGUUUGGGCCAGCCGGAGGCUCAGCGAGCGAGGCCGCUGCUUGUGCAAUUGGCAGACGCGGCGCGCGGGCGGGCGUCGCACCCCGCCUCCCGGUGGCAUCCACCACACACCACCGCGAACCCGCCGAGAUCACGUCCACCAUCCUUCAAAGCUCUGAGCUGACGACGUGUGCUGCUUCCCGACGAUCUUUACAGACAAGACAAUCAAACUGUGGAAGGUGUUUGAGAAAUCGCUCAAAGUCGUCGGCAGAGAACAAUGGCUCGAUCGCCUCCAACUCGAACGCGCUUGGCGGGGGAGCUCCACCUCGUCGCCGCCACCACCGCCUCCACCGAUCGCGAUCCGGGGCUGACGCCGUCCUCGCCAACGCGGGCAACGACCACUUCGAACGGGACACCGUACCUCCGAUUGCCGCGUAUGACCUACCACGACACGAUUGUCGCGGCCGUGCCGAGGAAGGUUAAUGCGAACGCGCAUGCGUACCAUAUCAACUCGAUCUCGAUCAACUCGGAUGGAGAGACCUACAUGAGUGCCGAUGAUCUGAGAGUUAACCUGUGGAACCUCAACAUUAGUGAUCAGAGCUUUAGUGAGUGCAAGGUCGCCUUGGGAAGGUCUGAACCGGAGCGGAGUCGACCGCCCGAGUCGAACAUCGCUGGCUCGAUGAGCUGAUCCAUGGUGCGCUUUUUUUGCAUUGACAGACAUCCUCGAUAUCAAACCCGUCAACAUGGGAGGAGCUGACCGAGGUCAUCACCGCGGCCCGAGUUUCACCCCAUCUCAUGCAACCUGUUUUGCUAUUCGAGUUCGAAAGGGACGGUCAAACUCGCCGACAUGCGGGAACAGGCCCUGUGUGAUAAGCAUGGCGAAGCGUGAGUCGAGACUGUAAUACGUGGGAAGGGUAUGGAUGAAUUGAAGGUGGGGCUGACUCUGGUCAUCGAUCACGGUGUCGCCAGUGUACGAAGAGGAGGAGGAUCCGUCGAACAAGUCCUUCUUCAGCGAGAUCAUCUCGUCCGUCUCGGACGUCAAGUUCUCCAAAGACGGGCGUUACAUUCUCUCGCGUGACUAUCUGACGCUCCGGAUCUGGGACAUCAACAUGGAAUCGCGACCUGUACAAACGAUCAACGUGCAUGACCAUCUGAGGUCCAAGCUGUGCGAUUUGUACGAGAACGAUUGCAUCUUUGACAAGUUCGAAUGCACAUUCUCUGGUGAUGGGCAGUGAGUUGUUCAUGAUUUCUGUGGUUGAUCAACGUGGAUCGGUGUACUGACCAGUUGAUUUUGCUCUGCGACCCUCGCGCCUCCACCCCUCUCCGCAUCAACAGACACUCCUUUCCGGCUCUUACAAACAACCAUUUCCACAUCUACGACAAGGAAGCGACGACCGACAUCGUCUUGCAGGCCGACAAGUCGGCGUUCAAGGCCAAGAAGAUUGGGGGCAACAAGGCCAAGCAAGGUGCGGGCGCCAAAGGCGCGCAGGGGGCCAACAAGAAGCCCAUCAUCGACGUCGAUUCGAUCGACUUUAAUAAGAAGAUUCUGCAUGGUCAGUACUUUAGCUGUGGGACGAGGAAAGUCUGGGACGAAUGAUGGAUGCUGAUGCUGAUUUUAUUGGGUGUGAUACAGCUUCUUGGCACCCACGGGAGAGCACGAUCGCGAUCGCCGCAACCAACAACUUGUUCCUGUCAGUACCGAUACUCACUACCAACGUCGUCUUUGUACCUACUGACUUCUGGUCUUGGUUUUUGACAGUUACUCACAAACGUCAUCGUCAAGUGGAGCGGGAGGACCACCUUAG